GCGCGCUUACGAGACUGCGCCCAUCACACCGAGAUCCAGCAGCCCGAACAAUGGCAGCAUCCAGCACCUGAUUUACAGAUGGAGACGUGCUGGAGCUGAAGAGCGCUGCUUUUUAACGACACGGUCCUGCUGUCAUUGGAGAUGGAGCGAUAGAGGAAAGAGAAUCAGCGGGCUGUUCUCCAUCACUGACGGGAGGCGCGUCCACCUGCUCUCUGACUGGAGGCCCGGGAUGCGCGAAAACAUGCACAAGUGCCUCUGAUAAAGGAAAUUAUUUCAACAUUUAAGCUGGUAUGUGGUGAAAACCUCUCGGCGUGAAGAAAUAACCACUAUUUGGCAGCUUCAAGUGUAGGAAGGAGUGAUAUAAUGAAGCAACACACAAGCUGGACAGACUCACAUUGAUGGACUGGAAACAAGCCCAUAUCAUCAUUCAGGCGUUGGGUGCAGUAGAAACCAAUGAACUGGAACAGACAGGUUCACGUGAUCUGAAGAGUAGUCUACAGUCGUAUGUGCCCACAGAGCUUUAUGAUGUUGCAGAUGCUGCCUUACACACAUCCUUCACAUCUGCUGCAGUGAGCACAAAGCGAGGCAAUUUGUACUGCCACAGCGUUAAACUGGCCUUAAAGCACCACUUACCUUGGCCACUUUCAACACAGUCUCUUUUAGUGGACCGCCCAUCUGAUGUGUCAGCAAACCACAAAAUAUCCCUCACACCCUGUACUGUCAAGGGCUUGAGCCCCAGGGCCUUUCAAAGGAAGACCACAUUCAGACUCAUUUCACCAUGAUAGAACCUGCAAACAUAACUGGGCUGACACAGGACUGUUUGAUUCAACAGAGUCGCACCUGUCCAGGCUGCUACGUUGAAACUAAAGACAUGUCUAAUGUAGAGGCCAGUAUCAACCUCAAAAUGACUGACAUGAACCGAGACUACAGCACCUGCCCUAUCUCUGAUAUUAACAUGCAAUGCAUGAGCACAAGUGAGACAGGAAGUUAUGGAGACCAGCUCCUCUCUGACCAGCUUUUGAGCUUUCCUGUCACUAAAACCCAGUUGCUGGAAAAGAAGGACACAGAGAAAAUAGACUUAGAUGAUCCAGCCUCCAAAAACCUGUAUGAGAGCCUGUUAUUAGACAAGUGCAGUGGUGAGGAUGGCUUGCUUACUAAUCCAAAUCAGGACUGGGGUUACUUUGAGUCCUUUAUUAGUGAGAGUAAGAUGGAAUUGCUGGAUCUUUGCUCCAAGAAUGAGCUAUCUGUAAAUCUCUUCUCCGAGGAGGAUGUGGACAAUUACAUGUUUGAUGAUGAUGAUGAUUCCACUCUGAGCAGUGAUGUGUGCUCGUUAAAAAUCCGCUACGAGUCCUUCCAGGACAACAUUAGGGAGAAAACCAAUGUUCUGCAAGAAGAAACCCAGUUCAACUUUUUCCCAAGUGUCUUGGUAAACUGCACAAAGAAAGAGAGCAGUGUAGUGAAACGAGUUGUGGAUGAGGCACCACCUAAAUCAGAGGAGCUUGGAUUUCAGAAUGACAACAAAGGGGAUGGAAAUGACAGUUCCACAGAGCAGAUGCCUGGUUACAACCCCAAAAUGAACUAUAUUAUCGAUUCAAGUAACUCGGCUGAUGAUUCAGGGGAGUAUAGUGAUGAAAGCUCUUCCACCAUUUGCUCUUUUGACACCUUCCAAGACAACAGACCUAAAAACUUGUUCUCUCGAAAAAACGCAAGCUGCUCUAACCAUCUGAACUACGGAUUACGGGCCAAAAGAAAAUUUAGGUUUAGUGACGACUACUUGUAUUACGUUGAGUCCACUGAUGGAGAAAGAAACAUUGAAAAGCGAGAAAAACCACCGAUUGGUCCGAAGCAAGAAGAGGAUCUUGACUGGUGCCCUAAAAAGAGACGCAAAUAUUCUCGCAAAGAUCCACCUGUAAUAAUCAAAUACAUUAUCGUUAACAGGUUCAAAGGAGAUAAAUGCAUGGCUGUAAAGCUGGGCAGAAUUGAUUCAUCCGACACGACGGUGAGCUUAAAUGAGGAUGCAAUCAACAAAUAUGAGAAGCUUUCACCUCUGAAAGAUUUCUGGCAGGAGAAGCAGAGAGAAAGAGAGGAACAGCUUAAGCUGGCAGCAGGAGAUAAACACAAUUCUCACCAUCAUGCCUUUAGUUCCAGUCCCCCCAAAAGGAAAUAUAAGCUAGCAAACAGGCUCAGAAUUCAGAGAAUUCAAACUGUGGAGCAAUCACCCAACACGCAGGGCCCCUUUGCCUCUGAUCCUAGGCAGGAGGUUUCUUCUACAGAUGAAACUGCCUCCAUGGGAAUGCCAUUAACAAUAGCCACCAGCUGUGCAAGCACAUUAGACUCAAAUGACAUCAUACACACUGCCGCCCGGAAGAGCAGAUCACAAGAGAGGGAGGAAAGGAGAAUAGGGAAUAAAAUAUUCAGAAUACAUAAAUUCAGAAGUGAAGCCAGACUUAGGAGCAAGAAAAUAAGAGACCUUGUGGAGAAUAACGAAAGCAUGACAGACCUGACAGAAGUUUGCUCGCUGCAGAAAAAUAUGGACACAGUAGGAGGUGCAGAAGAUAAAAAUGUCAGCCCAGCUGCACACAUUCCCCAUUUGUGUGAAAGCCAAACAGCUAAUGCCACUGAAAAAUUUGCUUUUGUGUCUAACACCUGCUCCUGUAACAAAGAGUCAUCAUCUGAGAAUGUGGCUGCAAGUGUUUCGGUUAUUCCUGGAGGCUACCUUCAAACACUGCUGGAUGCCUCUGAUUCUUCAGGUAGCACUGGUAUCCCGUUUUUCCCCCAGCAGACCCAACACCCAUUGGAACUCUCUUUGGAAAAGCAGCAAUUCACCUCAAUUCAGCUAGCACAAAGCUGUGUUCUUUCACCACCGUCAGAAUCAGAGCUUCAGCAGUCACCCCAGAAUUGCCCGACUCUUACCCAGAUGUGGCAAGCCCAGCUUCAUUCCAACCAGCAGCAGUUUGCCACUGCAGAUGUUGCUGAAUCUGCAAUUCAACCAAACAGCUUCGAUGGAGAGAUAGCUCUGCCUAUGUCUGAGAGUCUGACUGUGUCAGGAUACAGCCAGCUGAGUCUAGAGAGCAACAGAAUGCUUUAUGAAAAGAAUUACAUGCCUGAGCAGCCACUGCCUCCUGAUGCUGAGUUUCAGGCAUGUCAGGGGCAGCCACAGUUUCAAAGAGCCACACUCCACACCGACAAUGGUCGGCUCAUCAGUUUCGACUCAGUUGGUUCGCUGUCAGCUACUUCCAGCAAUUACAGCUCUCUGAGUCUUAAGUCUUGUGAAAAAGAUGGUGAGGAUGAUGUGAAUGAGGACUUUCUGGCCCACUACAGUCCCAAACUUGUUAUUCAACAGAGUAUUGAUGCAAUCACACCCCUGAGAGAGUCUACAGAUUUGCUAGACAUCUCCAACUUCACACCAGAUAAAUUCAGACACGCAUCUUUGUCAGAACUGUCUCCUCCGGAGACCCCUAAUUUAUCCCCUCAAGUUAUGGGCCGUGAGAUUAAGAUAGUCGGGAAGGCCACUGACCUCCAAGAUGGAGUUAAGAUGUCAUGCACUGAAAACAUGGACUGGAAAUGCAAGAUGAUAAAGCAACAAGAUCUAGCUAGAUAUUCAGUUGAGGGUCACACAUAUCAAUUGAACGUGUUUAAUGGCGAAAACAACUUAAGCUUGGGGACAAAGCAGGAAAAUCUAGCUAACAUUGAUGGUGAUAUGGUGAAUACAUUUAAGGGGACUAAGGCAAAGAGGAGAAAUAGCAACAAGCCACCUGCUGGGCAGGGCACCAAAAAAACCAAAGCCCCUAAAGUCCCUAAGACAGACAAGGGCAAAAUUCCACGUCAAACUUCGCGAACAUCUAAAAAGCUAAAGACUUUAUUGGACGAGAAAGGCAGUAACAGCCAGACCGAAGGCAUUGCUUAUCUGCUCAAGGACAGUAGCUCUGAGGAAUGGACAGGAAUUGGUUGUUCAGAGAGCAAAAGUCAAGUCCACGAUGACCAGAGAGAGUUUGAAGAGCCAUCCAACAUCUUGUCAAACAUCGUCUCAGGGAUGGCCGAAGUACAGAGAUUCAUGAUGGCCUCUGUUGAGCCAAUAUGGGGCCCUGCAGCAAACGUAAGCCUGCCCUCGGAAGCUAACAGUCUCAAGUUAAAGACUCUGAAAAUCCUUGCAGGAACUUCAUCUGAUCCGAAGAAGAAAGGCACUUUGAGUACAGGGGGCACAAAAGGCAGAAAAGGUGGGACGAAAGGUGUCAAAAAUCAGGCAAAGUUCAAUGCCUCCUUACCUUUUUUCCCUCAGCUGGCUUUGGGCUGUAACAUGUUUGACAAGCCUAACCUUGGCGUUCCAGGUAUAAAUGGGCCUGCACAUAAAAAGAUGUACCGUCACAAAACCAGUGCGAAAUUCCCUCGGAUUGAAAAUCUAAAGGGCACGCGACCUGAACGAGAGCCAAAUAAGGACAUAUCGUUAAUGGCUUCUUUUGAGAAACUGAGGUAAUAUUUUAUAUCUAGCUGCUGAUGCACGUUCCUCACUUUCCCCAAUUCCUCUUCAUUUCUUACCAUACCUACACUGACUCAAGACCAGAGAUGCAUGGAAUUAUGUUAUGCUUUAGAAUCCCCACCUUCUUUUUUGCCCCCGAAGAGGAUAUUGAUAUCUUGCAUGAGAAACUUAUUGUACUCGCAAACUACCUAUUGAUUGAUUGUGCAAGGCUUGAUUGAGAUUUAAAAUUACCAUGGCUGCAUUUUUAUUCUGCGUUCUUGUUUUGCUGUUUUCUUUCUCCCUCACAGUUGCUAAUUAGUUUUUGUCUGAAGAAGAAAAGAACAACUUUGAUAAGUGCAAAUUCUCUUUUUGGACUUUUUUGUUCAGUUUUCAGUGGAUCUUUCUGCCCUUAUGUAAUUAUAUUUCUCUCUUCAAACAUGUAGCUAUUAAAAAAAAUGUCUUUGUGUGAAACAAGCUCCCCCUUUUGAUUAUGUAUGCUGAAACGGAUGCCCUCUCCUCUCUUUUUACCCCUUCACUGCCUGACUUUUGUUUUUUUAAGUGUGAAAUGCUCAAGAUGACCUUGUCUAGGAUAACAUCCCUGGUACAUCCUUAAAUAUCGACAGCACACAGUGGAACCAUUUUGUAAUGAAGACAUAUCAGAUUAAUGUUGUUACAGUUACUUUCUUACUGUUGGAAUGUACUUAUGAUUUCCCCUUAUCUACUAACGACUGCUUUUUACAGGAUUUGUACUCUAGAUUGUCUUUAAAAGAGACUAUGCCAUGGAAAUCGCAAAAUGCUUCUGUUUUACUUUAAUUUAUAUAAUAAUAAUAAUAAUUAACAGUGGUUGUCUGAAACAAUACUCCUGGGCCCUGUUUCAGGAAGGAGGUUAAGUGAAAACUCAGAGUAUGUUAACCCUGAAAUGAGAGAAACACUGGCUUUUCAGUUCCAAAAUGGCAGGUUUGUCAAACUCGAGAAAACAGGGUAAGGCAAGCCUGUUUCUGAAAGAGAGGUAACUUUUAAGUCAGUUACCAUGGUAAUUUACUCUGUGAACCUAACCUUGUCAGGAGCACGGUUUGUUCUCUAAACUCUAAGUUUCUGACAGUUUCCUCCCCAUUUUUUAAAGACAAAGAGUGUUUCUCGCCUUAGCCUUAGUCAUUCAUUGCCUACAUUUCAGUCACACAAAGAACAAAGUUACGAGAAUGGCUUGUCCUUUUUUUGGGAAAAUUAAAAUUAGAUUCAAUACCAUAGUUUUAUGUUUUACCUUUGAUAUUACUGGAAAAAAUAUAUAAUUAGCUAAAAUUCACUGUCCUUCGACAGGGACAUGUACUUUAACUAGAUUAAUGGGAUUAUUAGUCAUUCUAAAAACAUUUUUUUCAGUACUGCCUACGUUCUAAUUGUCAUAUCAACCUCUACCACUUGAUCAAUAAAAAAGGCAGACACACAAGUGCACUUUUGAAUCUGUUAAAAACCUAAUUUUAGAAAUGUUAACUUAAACUGAUCACAGUGUGUAAAAGUGGGAACCUCAAAUUAAACAUUUCCACUGAACAUUAAGCUAAGGUUACAUGCAUUCUUGUUUUGUCAAAUUUGUUGUAGAAACUAUGCAGUAGCCUGUUUUAUGAAAUUAAUGCAAUCACAUCUAAAAUAAAAUAACUUCCAAUUGCCCACUUUUUCAAGUGAAAAUUCUAUAAACGUCUAUUACAUUACUUAUUUUUUGUUUACAUAAAUACUUAAAUACUUUAAAUACUAAAAUCUUACACAUUAACUUGAGCAGUUUCUUGAGCUUGUCUCUGUUUCGCCAAUGCAGUGGUGUUGCUUUUUUCUUAAAAUAUAUGGUCAUAUUUGCUAUACCUUUGCAUGAGCACAUCAAGUUCAGCUGGAGAAAAAAAAACGCAGAUAUUUUUUUUUUUCAAUUGUUGCCAUGGUGGUAAUAUCUGCGCUCUAUUGAUAAUGCCUUUCAAUUAGUCUACUCAGAUUUGAUUGAUCUAACUCAGAUCAACUGUUCUGAAACCGAAAACUCUUUUUAAUCUCUCCGUAAGUCAACUCAGAGUUCAAGUUUAAACUCCAAGUUGGUUAAACCUCCUUUCUGAAACAGGCCCCUGUUAGCAGAUGUAUUAUUAUUAUUACUAUUAUUAUUAUUAUUAAGUAUCAUUGUACAAAAAUGCACUGUUUGAAGGAAAACAUGAUUUUUACAUGUGUGCCAAAUGUAAGCCUGCGCACAUUUAUAAUCUGUAUGAAAAUCCUGAUAAAUGCUGGCUGUUCUCUUUCAUGACUUGACGAGAUCUGACCUUUCUUUUCUGGUUUGUUGUUUUAUUUUCUUUGGGGACCCUAUCGCGUGAAGAGCACCUGCAGCUGACAGUGGUACAACCACUCGACCAAAACAGCUAAACUCUGACCAAUUUUUACUUUUCAUAUCACAUUCAAUGUACCUCAGCAUUACUUGGGCUUUGAAUUGAAAAGAGAAAUGAAGAUGAAGAAAAAUGGACACGGAUAUUAAAGGAUGGCAUCUGUCAGGCUCACAAAAUACUGUAACAGACACUGGGAACGUAAUUUUUUUUUUGAAUGGAGUGCUUUUGAUGUUUCAGAAUCUAUAAAUGAUGGCCUUUAUAUCAUUUAGCUAUUUGCCAUAAACAAUCUUUUCCCAAUAUGUUAUGUUUUAUUUAAUUCAAUUCAUUGGUGUCACAUAAUUAAUAUAGUAGUAAUGCAGGUUAUCCUCACAAAACGUCAUCUUAAUUAUAGCUUGGAGAUCAAACGCGUUCUGAUUUAUUUGGCAUUUAGCAUACGUAGAUUAUUAGAUGACACCAAGAGUUGCUCUAGGAGGACAUCUCAGGUAAAGUAAUGCCUUACCGAUAGCUUUUACCUUAGGAAGAGUUCAUUCCAUCCCCUUCUGCCUAUAGCCGGCCAUAAUUAGCACCGAGAUGAUGCUGAUAAGGAAACUGCACACGGGCCGCUCCGCUCAGCCAUCUCGCCUGCCUUUUCUUAUUUCUGCCUGUUUUCGACUGAAUGUACUUCAAGUUUUUUACAGCGUGCCACUGUUAAGCUGCCUCCUCCUACUGGUGCUAAGAAGGUAAUUGUAUUCUCCCAGAAUUGAAGAAUCAGUGAAUAUUAGAAUUGAAAACCCUUCUCCUCUCUUUAUGAAUGUACAAUAUAUGGUUCUGUUUGAUGUAUUCACAACACGAUUCGUCGUCAUUAAUUGGACUUGCUUUUGCCUUUUCGUUGGAGAAAUUACUGAGCUUUAUAAAUAUUGUCUAGAGUUGAUAACCAGAGGGAUUCUUAGCUCUCGACGUCACAAAAAUAUUGUAUAUUUUUCUCUGUGCCAAUUUGUAAGAUAUUUUGUAAGUGUAUAUUUUUCUUAGAAAGUGCUGUGAAGUAUUAGUGUGUGCGUGUGUGUGUGUGAAAGAGAGAGAGAAACCUUUUUUGUGCCUCUACAGGCAGUGAAAAGGAUGUAUAAUGACAAGCUUUUGGUUUUAAAAACCAAAAAUAUUACGAAAACAAAAAAUUAUUAAAAGGAAAAGACUACUUUUUGUUGCAAGUUUUGUAAGAGGAAAAUGAUCUUGUUGUGAGAGUGUUGUGUUACUGUGGAAAACAUAUAGGCAAAAAAAACACUGCAGACAAAAUUGUGAACUAUUUGCUGUUUUAUAGAUUUUCAUGUAAAUUAUUCUUGUAUUAUUUUAUGUUGUAUCUGUUGCAAAGGUUUUAAAUAUUUGUGAUCAAGCCUGUAUGGUGAAAUGUAAUAUUGGUAAUUGCUGAGUUUUGUAAUAAUGUUUAUGGAGUACAUAUACA